GUAGUUAAUACUCUUAUCACAAAAAACGUUAUAACUUUUAUUAACUAAAAAUAUUGACUACAGUUAUUUAUUUGUUUAACAUUAUUAUUUUCUCUAAACUUUUAUAAAAUUGUUUUAUUUUGUGUAAACAGUCUACUUUAAAGUGUAUUUAUAUGUUAGAUUUUAAACUGAAUACCAUAAAUGUUUAAAGACAUAAAAAAUACAAUGAGCUUGAAAAGAAGUAACAGUUAUUCUGACAUAGCUGGUAAUGCAACAUUACAGUGCUUGGCUAGUGGCAUUAACUAUCCUAUUGGUGACGCUGAGUUUGUUAUUGGACGUUCUCUUGCCUGUUCACUUGUAAUUGAAGAAAAAGCUAUUUCACGACGACAUUGUUUUAUAAAUAAAUGCAAUGGCCAAUAUGUUAUUUCUGACAAUGGAACAGGUAAUGGGACUUACAUAAAUUGUGUGCAAAUUCCUAACAACCAAAAUGAUUAUCAAGUUCUAAAUCAUGGAGAUGUUAUUUCCUUUGCAGAUGGAAGUGGAAAUUAUAAAUAUCUGUACAGAUUUGUUUUUCAAACAUAUGCAGAUAAAAAAUUGAAACGAAAUAACGAACUAUAUGAUAAAGAAAAUGAAUCUAGUAAAACCCAAUCACAAAUUUUAAAUAAAAAUUUAGCUAUGAAAAAUGUUUUAACAAAAAUUCAAUCUGAUGUUGACAAUCUGAAAAUUGAAAAAGCAUUAUUGAAGCAUUGUAUAACUGCAAAAUUAUAUGAAUUUAAUGAAAUAAUUAAUCAAGCAUCAAAAGCAGUUAAAAAAUUAAACGAAGAAGUUUUAAAACAUAAACUCACUAUAAAUGAAUUAACCAAAAAGAAUUUAGAUUACCAAAGUACUUUAAAAAUACAACAAGAUCAAGGAUCAAUAAUUGAAGAAACAAUCAAAGAAAAAGUUUAUAGUGUUCUAGAAAAUGAUUUUCAAUGUCCAAUUUGUAAUGAAUUAAUGGUUAAGGCGUGUGCAAUUAAUUGCAGUCAUACAUUUUGUGAAAUUUGUUUAAAUACUUGGUUGAAAAAAAGUAAAGUUUGUCCUGUUUGUCGAACUUCUGUUCAAACCAAAACUCUUUGUCUAUCUCUAGAUAACUUUAUCACUAAUAUUUGUGAUCUUCUUGGAAAUGCAAUAAAAGAACAGCGGGAAAAAGUACAACAAGAAAGAUUGACAGUUAAUGUCCCACAAGUAGAUCAAGCACCACCUGCACCUACUGCAAGAAGAGGUGGUAGAGGAAGAGGUAGAACUCAACGUCGAAAUACACAACCUACUCAUGUUCAUCAAGAAAUAAUGCAAAGAAUUCAUGAAGUUUUUCCUCAUUUUGAAAUCGACUUAAGUAAUUUUAUGCCAAUUGAAGUACCUAGAAGAAGAACUCCUAGAACAAAUGAACCUAUUGAAGUUGUAGAUCUUACCCAUAAUAUGUCACGAUAAAUACAUGAAUUUCGACUAAUAUAAUGUUUUAAACUAUCCAAAAGAGAAAUUACUUUUUACUUUUUUUUUUUUUUUUUUUAGGAAAAUGUACAAAAUAUAAUUAAAGAAUUGAUUCAUGUGCAUUUUGUAAAUAAUUUUAGUUUGUUUUUGUACAACUUGGUUUAAUAAACUCAUACAACAUUUGUAAUAUUUAAACUUUGAAUUUAAAAUUGUUAAAUUUUAUGUAAAAUUAAAAUAAUUUAUCUUUUUGUUAAAAAU